UGAUUUGAAUAAUUCUGUUAGUUGCUAAAAGCAAGCCAUCGUAAUCUGCCGACACAAAAAAUUAGAGUCCAAAACCAACUCAUAAGCAUCACAGCCAUACAAUAUUACUGCUUCACUCAUUCAUACCUCAUACAGUUCUCCAAUUAUUAUUCAAAUUUCCCUUCUCUCUCUCUCUCUCUCUCUCUCUCCCCUUUGCUGUUGCUACCAUGGAUUACCAGCCGAAAAUGGUGUCGGUCAACAGCGAAUACGAGCAAGACGACUGUUCUAAACUCAAGUCCGAGCUUUCUUCCACUCUCGACGACGACCUCUGUUCACUCCAGAUGACGACAAUGGAAGUUGAUGUAAACUUGGAGUGGCUGUCAGCAUUUGUGGAAGAAUGCUUAUCAGCCAAAGGAAGCAGCCUCCCCCUCCCACCCCCACAGCUAUCCACACACCUCAACAAUCCUCCACCACCACCAAAUUCACUCUCUCACCCCACACCAUCUUCUUCCGACUCGCCGUUCUCUCACUUUUCUGCAGUCCCCAGCAAGGCAAGAAGCAAGAGAAGACAGGCGCCCGCCAACACGAGUAUUCGCCCUCUCAUUGGUCAACACCACCUCGAUCAACUGAACCUGCUGCCGAGCAAACAGUCCUUACAGUUGACCUCUUCCUCUGCAGACACUCUUUUGCUGCAACAGACAUAUUGGUUGGCCGACAGUGAGCUCCUAUUGCCGCAUAAGGCUCAAGGAGGAGGAGGAGAAGAAAGGGAGAAGAAGGUGGACAUGGAUCAGAGAGAUACAACAGUGAAGAAGAGUUUGGGGCUGCAGCAGAAACAGGGUGCAGGGAGUGGGAGGAGAUGCAGCCAUUGUCAGGCACAGAGGACUCCACAGUGGAGGGGUGGACCAUUGGGACCCAAGACAUUAUGUAAUGCAUGUGGAGUUAGAUACAAGAAGUCAGGAAGGUUGGUGCCAGAGUAUAGACCAGCCAACAGCCCUACUUUUGUGAGUUUCUUGCAUUCCAAUUCACACAAAAGAGUUAUGGAGAUGAGAAUGAUCAAUGCAUCUUCUUCUACUUCUACUGCCUUUUCCUCUUCUUAAAACCUACACUACCGGCCAACCAUGCUGGAAGCUGCAACUAUUUGGUUCUUCAAUGUAAACCACAACUACCCUUUCCCCUUUCCCCUUUCCUUUCUACAUUAGAGUGAUGAACUCUCGAGUACAAAAAGACAAGCAUCUUUCUAUUUCUUAGAGGUUUUACCAGAGAUGAAUUUAGUUUUUAAGACCA